CGACGCGCCCGGCGCGGUCGUUCCGCUAGGACCCUACACCGAGACGGCAGACCAGGACCUUUUGGCGCAUGCAAAAAUGGUGGAAAUUUUGUCAGAAAACUUCGCAGAGUGUGGUGCAUUGGGUAGUACGAAUUUGUUCCAUCUUCCCGCACAUAGAAGAAGUACUUCUACUCCCCCCCGUGAGGUGGAUUCGCGACAGCUUUCCGACGGGUCGUACGAUGGUUCGUUCACUUCUCAUGGGCUGCCGUUGAUUUUAUCGCGGUAUUCGAAGGAACCGAAAACCCAUCUUUUUCCAGACAUCUCCACCUCGUCGGAGCACCUCGCGGGUGACGACCAAGCACAAAGCUUAAACUCACCGCAAGCGUCGACCAUAGCGAGGAUACAGCAU